AACAAACAACGCUUCCAAAAUAUUAUGGGUAAGGCGGCCAUUAUCAUCAAGAGAGGCGUAACAGGCGCGUGCAACAACGCACACCUUUCAGUGUUAGUUUGUUACAUUACGUCGAAUAUCUCAAGCCGGCGAACAACGCGCAUAUGUGUGGUUAGAUCAUCAAGUAGUUGAGGUAUGUCGCAUGUUAAACACGCCGUCCUGUCGAGCAUGGAUCAUCAUAGAACUACAAUCUGUAUUUUUUCACUAUCAAACUGAGAAUUGAGAAUUAUAAUCGGAGCAUUUGGUCAGUGUUAGCGUCUGGAAUAAGUAUCCGGAAUAUGCUAUGAUGCAACAGCCGAGAGCAGGAUGCUGGGUCGAAAAGCCGUGACGCGGGGAAGCCGAGGUAAGGGAAUGCCGAGACACGCGGAUAACGCUCAUCAUAUAUUUCCAGUUUGCCUUCUUGCCUUGUAACAAAGAACGCGGGAGCGUGUUUUCUGGACUAAUUAACAGUGAUGUGAUAAAUUCGUAAACUAGAAGCAAACGUGGUUAGUCGAAAAUUCUACUUCUCGAUCUCCAUCGAGGAUCGAUCUAUCGAAUGGUGAGGAGUUCGCGGAGCUGGCCGUACAGAUGGCGCGCGUCAUCUUCUAUCCGCGUUGCGCGGCUAUCUUCGAUCUUCUUGCGUCGAGCAGCCGCCAUUACCACAUCGAUCGACAUCUCAUUCCGCAUCUUAUGCGUAUCUUGUCUGUCGAAAGUGAGCCUUGUGCGGAAAUCAGUAUCAGGAAUGUCGAAAGCAGCGAUCGUCGGGACGUAUCAUUUGGCAGAGGAAGUGCGACUACAUCGGAAAAAUUGCUACAUUACAAUAUAAACACACACAGUAUUGGAUAUUGUUUAGAUUCAAGCAGAGUUACUCCAAAGAUCUGGCAGAGGAAGUGCGACUAUACCAGGGAAACUGCUACAUUACAGCAUAAACGCGCACAGUAUUGGAGGUUGUUCAGAUUCAAGCAUAGUUACUCCAAAGAUUUCUUCUGAGUAGAGCUUGCAGCUAUGGCGUUGUCUGGGAUUCCAGUGAUUGCGGAUGCAGUACCGAAGGAUUCGGUUCGGGCCAAGCAGGACCGGCUCGAAGAAUCGAAAGCAGAACGCGGCCGACCCUGAAUCAGCGACAUUUCGAAUUACAGCAGAAUAUGGCCGAUCUUGAGUUCCCCGUAUUUCAGUGAGUCAGAAAUAUAAAAAAUGAUUUAAAAUUUUAAGGUGGUGGUAACAUAUGAAAUCUUGUCUAAAUCAAUGCGAUUUUUUAGUUUUUAUAUUUUUGCAUGCAUACACUGAGAGAAAGAAAUAGUUAGUUUCAUUAUAAAUUAGAGUUAUUUUCGGUGUUAGCCACAUUUUUUUCUUGAUCAAUGAAAAACAAUAACAAUAAUAUACACAAGAUUUAUUACUAAGAACACUAUAAUAGCACUUGCUACAAAAAUAAUUAUUUCACUGUUUGGUAUUACAGUUAGAAGUGUUAAACGGAUUUUUCUUUCAGUGUAGGGUUUUACAUAAUAAAUUUUUUUAUGUUGUCCAAUGAAAUGCACUGUGAGAAUCAAUCAGAGGAUUAUUUCUUUAAAUAAUUGUUUUAUUUAGCAAUAUCUGAAAUAUCGAAUAUUUUUUUCCUUUAAGAUAUCAAUUCUUAAUAUCUUUUCUUAAAGCUUAAUAUCUUUUUUUAAAGCUCUUACCCGUGUUUUUUAUUGAUGAUACCGAGAUAUUCGACGGAAGUUUUUUUAUUCAAUGUGAUUCUUUGAUUGUUUCAAGUAGUGCAAAAAUUUCAGAAUUACGCAACAAAGUAGCGCAUUAGAAUUGCGCAAAAGUGCGCGUCAGAAUUGCGCAAAGUGCGCAUCAGAUUUGCGCUAUCAUAUGCGAAAUUCACGAUCACUUAUUCAACAAGAUAAAUUUUGCAAUCAUCGCAAUCGUUCUUUUUCUAAAUUUUUUACAUGUAACGGCUUAUAUUAUUUUGGUAGGAAUUAAUUGCAAUUUAAAAGAUAGUAUUAAGAGUUAGAAUUUUUGCGGAGUUUCUCUUUCUUGAUAAAGUCCUCGAAACGAGAUAUCUUUUCUUUUUCUUGUCGUUAUCGAAAAAUGCUGCGAUAUUUAACUCGCAAUUUUUUCCACGCGAUUCGGGAUUCGCGAGCAUAUUCUCAAGACGCUAAAAUUUAUCAUAUACUUCUCGCUUAAUCGUAAAAACACCGUUAAAGUAUUCGUGGUCGCGAGUGAAGUGAAAUGUAGGUCGAUCGACGUGGGACGAGACGGUUGGGUGUCUGAGAAGGCUGGAUACUCAGAGUACGUUCGAGAUGCAGUGAUGGGUCUCAUCUCUUACCUGGACGGGACUGGACGACGUUGGAUCACAAUGCUCGAGAUGGGAACGUGCUGGUUCGCGGUGUGGGUGCUGCUAGUCUGUCUCGUAGGCGACGCGCGGCCGCAGUACAGGGACAAAAAUAUAAGCACGGCGGAGACAGACGCGGUGCAGGCGCUCUUGGCUCGGUACCUUCAGCGUCGCCUUCAGGGCUCUCAGCUGUCGACGCCACCGCCGCCGUCGGUCCUCUUCAGUAACGAUCAUCGGGCCCGCGUACGACAGACCAGCCAGAAGGCACCCAGCAACAAUCUCUCGCAAAAUGUCAGCGACAAGGAAGGGGACCAACGCGUCCCUGACGAUUACGACGAUUACGAGGACGACCUCGAGGGCUACGAGGACAGCGAGAGGAGCAGGACCAGAUUCGAUCUCCUGGCGGACGACUGUCCGAACUGCGUGGACGAGCACAGCAGCAGCUUGGCGGCCUCAAGAUGGACGAUGCCGCUGCUGAAGCUGGGCGAGAAGAGAUACUACCUGGGGAUCUUCUUCAAGGCCAACUGGUACAGAGCCUCGCAAUAUUGCCGUUAUCACGGGAUGCAUCUGGCGAGCAUAGCCUCGCAGGAGGAGAACGACAGGCUCGAGAAGCAUAUCAAGGACUUCGGGCUCGGUCACGAGCACUUUUGGACCUCCGGCACCGACCAGGCCGAGGAGGGUACUUUCUUCUGGAUGGCUAACGGCAGGCCGAUCACGUUCGAGAAUUGGAACGUCGGCGAGCCGAAUAAUUUCCGAUACGAGAAUGGCGAGGAGGAGCAUUGCCUGGAGUUAUGGAACAGGGAUGGCAAAGGGCUCAAGUGGAACGACAGCCCCUGCAGCUUCGAGACUUUCUUCGUCUGUGAAGUGCAGUGAUCAAUUCGCGGGACAGGCCGGAGGGACUUGGACGCGCGGGCAAUGGCCAGGGAUAUUCGCGUGUCCUCGAGGUGAUCCUCGAGGAAGCUGCGUGUGACGUUCUCAUCGGUCGUCCGUUCGUUUCGGUGGACUUGGCGAGGCAGAGAAAUUUGACGUGACGUGUGCGCUCGGACUGGAAAUGACGCGUGAUUAGCCGUUCGCUACCACUGUCACGUUUCGCGCCCCGAAAUUCACGAGCUUGUGUCUGUAUGAAUGUAUGUGUGUAAGACAGAGACUGAGCAGAUGAGUGCAAAAUGACGUCCGGUUAGGUCGGUUCUUCUCUCCGUAAAAAGAACCACUGGCCGACUGACCGAACGGAUGCGACGCGUUGUCGCAUGAUGAAAGCGAUUCGCUCGUCUUCCGUGCAGAGAUGCCUCUAAAAAGGAUGUUCGAUUAUAAUGCCCCGCACUAGGGUCCUCGCGCAAUAAAACGGCGAACAAUUGCACGAAGGAACGUCGAGCGUUUUUUUCAAACUGAAAGAUUGAGCACGUAGAUAAUAGCCCUUCGCACGAGGAAUCUCCUUUAUAUCUCGAUAAAUUAUAGGGCACAGAGCUGUUGUUAUUGAAGAAAACGAUCGUUUUUUUUUGCAAUCGAUGGGGCGACAGAAACAACUCGUCGAUCUUCCACACAGUAAAUCAUUGAGCGAAACAACUUCACUCCUCGUUGUUUACUAAUUUAGAUUUAAUCACGUAAGAAAACUGAAAAAAAGAAAACUGAAAAAAAGGAACGAUAUCUCGCGCGAAUGUAUGGAAGUUUAGAUACAUGACCGUUUUGACACGCUCGUUUCUACUCUCUAAAUUUCUUGGAGUGAAAUUUUACUCAAAACAAGUGAAUAGUGGCAAUAUUUUUAUUCAAGUUCGCUAGAAAUCUUGUUAACAUGAUCAGAAUUCUAAUAAUUUUAACUAGAAUUUCUGGUUCAUUCAUAUUUCAGCAGAAAUUCGGUUAAUUUAGCCGAAUUUUGGCAGAAUACAUCACACUGAGAAAAAAAAUGUUUGGUAUUUGUGACUGUAAUUACAUAGAGAAAUAAUUACUAUGGUUAUAAGAAAACUACUUCUUUCUUAAAUUCUGCUAUGUGAAAAUAAUCUGCUUAGUGAAAAUAAUCUGCUUAGUGAAAAUAAUCUUAUAUGCAGGUUAUUAUUACCAUUUUCAUGUUAGAGCAUCCAGAAUAUAUGUUUGAAGUAAAAAAUAACUAUAAUUUUAGUUAAACUAAUAAUUAUUUCUCUCAGUGCAGAUUCACUCUUCAAUUUCAAGAGAGAAAAUAUUCCUCAACGAUACAGAAUUGGGAAUUUACUGUGCAGGAGUGAAAAAUAACUGAAAUUCCAGUAACUCGGCUGUCACUCUACUUUUCAAGUGAAAUUCUCCAAGUGAAUACUCCAAAAAAUUUGGAGAGUACAUUUCUUUGCCAAAAUAUACGUCGCGCAGCGUUCCGUUUAACGAGAUACUUUGAUUUUCCAGAAGUCGCCGCACAUCAACGUGCGAAAUCUUCGUCGCGAUCGAAGAAUCGAUUGGCAAAAAUCGCACGGCUGUCACACGACUGCCCUUUUAUCAACCGUAGCCAGAUGAUAACUCUGAAAUGGCGGCGUUAGUAUGAUAUGUACAGUGUCGCUGUCGUAAAUUAUUCUUGUGUCAAUUCAUAUGUCGAGUGCUGUCAAAUUCACUCGUCCGUCGAUCCUUCGAUCACAGCGAAUUCGAUUCGGAGUUUUUGACGCAUAGUGAUGCCACAUAUCGAUUAAUCGACCGUCCAAUGAAACAUAGGUCAACCCAUAUAUCGUAGGAGUUAACACACGUCGUUGUUAUGAUUAUUAUUACACGAAUCGCAACGUCGACAACACGCCCGAGCGAUUGUUGGCUCGUGUGUCCACACUCGCGGAUGUGUUCUGCCUCUCGCGCGUACACAACCUUUCUACGUUGGAUCAAAUCGUGCGAUUUCAUGUGGCGGUUCAAGCGACGGAAUCGACUCGCCAGUUCCUCAGGAAUUUCACGAGGCAGGCGAUUGAGCGGAACCAUUCCCUCCGAGAAAUACCGCACUAAUUUAAACUUGACCGUAUCUUAAUUAUUUUUACUCUUUUUAACAGUUAUAUCAACACACACACACACACACACACACACAGUAACGUAAUACACAUGUAUAUAGGUAUGCAGAUUGUAUAUAUAAUAUGUACUUAUCGCUGCACACA